AUGGGGACUGCCAGAAUUCCUUGGGUUCUCUGUGGGGACUUUAAUAUCAUUAAGGACGAAUCAGAAAGAAGAGGUGGGCGUCCUCGUCCUUUUGUAGCCAUGGAAGAAUUCAACCAGUGCAUUCAAACCUGUGGUCUUUUAGAGAUGUGCUCCAAAGGCCCGAAUAUGACCUGGUGCAAUGGUCAAGGGGGUCAAGCGCGCAGUUGGGCCAGGUUAGACAGAUGUUUUAUUGAUACUAAUUUUCUUAAUUCUUUUCCUAAUGUGUCUUACCAGGUUUUGGCGCGCUCUACUUCGGAUCACUCCCCGUUGGUUAUUCAAAUGGGGGAGAACUUAUUCAGGUAUGGUCCUAGUCCUUUCCGCUUUCAAUAUAUGUGGACUGAUCAUUUGGAUUUCUAUAGUUUUGUGGAUGGAGUGUGGAAACGUGAGGGCCUAGGGCACGGUUUAAUCAACCUUUCCUCUAAAUUAAAAAGGGUUAAGGUGGCUUUAAAAGAGUGGAAUAAGAGUGUUUUUGGUAGGACUAACAUCAUAAUCAAGGGUCUAGAGGCUCGUAUUGAUUAUCUGGAAAGCCGUCUUCAAGUCUCUUUUAAUGCCGAGGACGACUCUGACCUAUUAGCAUCCAAGUUGGAACUUUCAACUUGGUUGGGUAGAGAGGACACUAGGCUUGCUCAUAUGGCAAAGAAAAACUGGUUGAAAGAUGGGGACCAGAACUCUAAAUUCUUUCAUGCUUUCUUAAAGGCCAAACUGCAUAAAAGAGUUCAGGAGAUGAGUAUGUCAGAUGGUAGGGUCUUACAGUCCCCUCUUGACAUUCAUACAGCUGCUGUUGAUCAUUUUCAGGAAUUUCUGGGUCAGAGUAGUUCUCGUGUUCUUCCGAAUUUGAGUGACUUGAUCUCUCCCAUUAUUACUAAUGAGGAUAACUUGACUAUUGGUAGAGAUCCUUCCAUAGAGGAAGUAAAGGAUGCUCUAUUCUCUAUUCCCAUUGAUAGUAGCCCAGGGCCAGAUGGUUUUGGAUCAGGUUUUUUCAGAGUUUGUUGGGACUUGGUUAAAGAUGAUCUCCUUUCAGCCAUUGUUGAAUUUUUUCAUAGCCAUAUGCUCCCAAAAAAUUUCACUGCAUCUUAUAUUGUGCUAAUUCCGAAGGUGGAUAAGCCCUCUGGCUUUGAUAAAUUUCGGCCCAUUAGCCUUUGCUCCGUGGUCUACAAAAUUUGUUCAAAAAUCAUUGUGGCUCGUAUGACUAGUUUGCUCCCUAGAAUGAUAUCGAAGGAGCAAGGGGCUUUUAUUCCAGGCCGCAGUAUCUUUGAGAAUAUCAGCUUAACUCAGGAAAUGGUCCACUCUAUUCAUAGGAAAUCCAUUGGGGGCAAUGUUCUGGUUAAGCUUGACAUGUCUAAGGCUUAUGAUCGAGUAGACUGGAAUUUUUUAUUACAUGUUCUGUUUAGCUUUGGGUUCUCUCCUAAUGUUUGUGACCUGAUUAACUCUUGUAUAUCCUCACCGUGGUACUCUGUCAUGAUGAAUGGGACCCCCAUGGGUUUCUUUAAGGGAAAGCGAGGCCUAAGGCAAGGUAAAAUUGGUCAAUUUGUUCAAGCUAGAGGGACCCCGAUUAUCUCUCACCUUAUGUAUGCAGAUGAUAUAGUUAUCUUUGCAAAUGGUGGAAAAAGAAGUAUGAGAGCUUUGAUGGAAGUUUUGAACAAAUAUGAGGAGUGGACUGGUCAAGUGCUCAGUAAAGAGAAGAGUGCUAUUUUUUUCUCUAAGAAAAUUUCUGUCUCUAGGAAACAUGCUCUUCUCUGCUCUACUGGGUUUACCGAGGGUUCUUUUCCUUUUAAGUACCUGGGGGUGCCUAUUGUGGAUGGUAGGCUAAAGGCUUGCGAUUUUGGCGACUUACUGGGCAAAGUGAACAAGAAGAUUGCAGGAUGGAAGAUGAAGAUUCUCUCUGCUGGUGGUAGAACUAUUCUGCUGCGUCAUGUUUUAUCUAGCAUGGCCACCCACCUGCUGGCGGUUUUAGAUGUCCCUAAAGUGGUGAUACGUAGCCUGAAUAAACUCAUAAGCUCUUUCUUUUGGGUUGAAUCGGGAGGCAAGAGUAGGAGGAAAUGGAUUUCUUGGAAACACAUAUGUACGCCUACGGACGAAGGUGGUUUGGGUAUUAGGGACUUUGGGGAUGUUCAGAGAGCCUUACACAUGAAACUUGCCUGGAAUCUUAUUAAGGGCAACUCUCUUUGGGCGGAAUUUUUUAGAGGUAAAUAUGUUAAAGGAAAUCACUUAUCCCUCCUUGAGCCUACUAAAGGGACCCGCUUUUGGAAAUCUAUUGCCCGUAGUAUUCCGGAGGUGAUGAAUAGCUCCAAAUGGAUUGUGAAGGAAGGUAAUAUCUCCUUUUGGUAUGACAAUUGGGACAACGAAGGCCCUCUCUAUGCUCAAUUUCCUGUGACUGAACAACCUUUGAUUAAGAUAAAUGAGUGCCGUAUUGAGAAUGAGUGGGAUAUUUCUCUUCUGAACAGAUUAGUGGGCCAUCAGAAAGCCAAUGAUCUGUAUGAGUUUUUUGCUAGACAGAAGGAGGGUGAAGAUGUGCUUGUUUGGUUGAAGGAUAAUGAAGGCAAUUUUACUACUAAGAGUGCCUGGGACUGUAUAAGGGUUCGGGCGCCCCCUUUACCCUGGGCUCAGUGGAUAUGGCAUACUAAUCUUCCCAAGAAGAUUUCUAUCAUGAUGUGGAAGGCUACUAAUAACUGCCUCAGUGUUGACAAGAAUAUUAGUAUGGUGGGUGUUUCAAUGGCCUCUAAAUGUAAUUGCUGUCAAAAGGGUCAUACUGAGGACCUGAACCAUGUGCUCUGCACGGGAGAUUUCGCUAGACACAUUUGGCGUCUAGCGGCCACUCAUCUAGGGGUUCAUAUGGCCCCUUUCUACACUUGGAAGGAUCAAACUAAUUUUUGGUUUCGUCGUGCGGGUAAGUCUUCACAGGUUAGAACCAUAUUUGGCCUUCUGCCCUCCAUUAUUUCCUGGAAACUUUGGGAGAGGCGCUGUAAAGCCCGAUAUGAAGAUAAGGCUCACUCAAAAGAGUCGGUUUGGCACGCUAUUAAAAUUUGGCUCCAGCGCAUCAUGGACCAGAUCAUGAAAGUGAGUUCUCUUUCCGCCCAGGACAUGAAUAUUUUGCAUAGACUGGAAAUUCCAGUCUUGUUCCCUAAGCCCAAGAGGGUCCGGGUGGUAAAAUGGCACCGGCCCCCUCGGGGCUGGGUAAAACUCAAUACCGAUGGAAGUAGUUUCGGGAACCCUGGAACCUCUGGUGCUGGGGGUGUUAUUCGGGAUGAGGAUGGUAGAUUACUUCUGGCUUACUCUGUUCCAUUGGGUUUAGGUACCAAUAAUUUUGCAGAACUCAGCAGCUUAUUGGAAGGUGUUCGCAGAUGUCACGCGCUUGGAUUUUAUCGUGUUCAAAUAGAGACUGACUCCCAACUGGUGGUCAAUUGGAUUGUUAAGAAUAAGUGCCCCAUUUGGUAUUUAGAAGACUUUUGGGAAGAUUUACAAGGACAUCUUAAUAGCCUGGAGUAUACACCUGUUAAGGGGUCUUCUCCGCAUGGACAAAUUGGGUAUGCCCUACCUGAGGAUAUCAUGAGCCUCUUGCCAGGUUUCCCUCUUUGGCUUUCUCGGAAGUAG